AUGCUUCAUCACAUUUCAACCAUGAAGCUGAUCGUCUUCGCCUGUCUGGCCGCCCUCGCCCUCGCCCGUCCUCAGACGCCCGAGUCUCAGGCCGAGACCGUUUUGGACGAGAGGUCCGACAACGGCGACGGUAACUUCCAGUACACCUUCGAAACGAGCAAUGGUAUCAGGGCCAACAAAAUUGGCAGUCCCGGGUCAAAGGGCCAGAGCAACAUGCAGGGCUCAUUCAGCUUCCUUCUUCCCGACGGAAGUGACAAACCUAAACUGCUGAAUUUGAAAUUGAUACUUUUAUAUUGCAUGGUUUAUCUAGGCAAAUCCCACUUCAAGAGCAGCUGCCUAGUACGAGAUAUGUGUUUAGAAUCUGUGUUUAUACUAGAUAUAUCAUGCAUAGGCAAGGUGGACAGUUGUCUUCGUCCACAGAUCGUCUUCGCCUGUCUGGCCGCCCUCGCCCUCGCCCGUCCUCAGACGCCCGAGUCUCAGGCCGAGACCGUUUUGGACGAGAGGUCCGACAACGGCGACGGUAACUUCCAGUACACCUUCGAAACGAGCAAUGGUAUUAGGGCCAACAAAAUUGGCAGUCCCGGAUCCAAGGGCCAGAGCAACAUGCAGGGUUCAUUCAGCUUCCUUCUUCCCGACGGAAGCACCGAACUGCUUCGCAUCGCUGAGGAACAGCGGGCGAGCGGAAUCACCUUCGAAUAAAAGCACUCAGCCUCAUCGAAUAUUACGUCUUGCUAUUCUCUGAUAUGUAUAUACGUGGGUAGUGUCUGAAAUUACGAGGUUAGUCCCAUCCUCAUCAAAGCCAAUAAUAAUUACAUGUAACA